AUGACUGCACAAGUUGAACAAGCGCACGAGCCGCUGGCUGCGGACGUCUUUGACGAUGGCGACUCAGACUCUACUUUUUCAGGCUCGGAUCUCGAAAGCUUGGAGUCACUUCGCUCAAGCGUCUUGCAGUAUCAAGAGGAAAAUGGCCGUACAUAUCACGCCAUGAGCUCUGGGAAAUACAAUUUUCCCAACGAUGAAUCCGAAAGUGAUCGACUUGAUUUGCAGCACAACCUUUGGCUUCUGACACUUCAUGGUGAACUCGGUCUUAACCCCAAGGUCAAAGGGUCUGCCAAGCGUGUUCUUGAUGCUGGUACUGGCACCGGCCUUUGGGCUAUCGAAUAUGCUGAUGCUCAUCCCGAAGCUAAGGUGAUCGGUGUUGACCUUAGUCCUAUUCAACCGAAUAUGGUUCCGCCCAACUGCAUCUUUGAAAUCGAUGACCUUGAGAAAGAAUGGACCUGGACGGAGCCGUUCGACUUCAUCUUUGCCCGUACCAUGACAGGGUCUUUUGCCGACACCGAAAAGUUCAUCAAGAACAGUUACGAAAACCUCGAGCCUGGUGGCUACCUGGAAAUGCAAGACCUCACCUACCCCAUCGCAUGUGAUGAUGGAACUCUCCUCCCAGACAGCGCCCUUGUUCGUUCCGGCAAGCUAAGCAUCGAAGCCAGCGCUAAAGCUGGACGCGCCAUCGACCUCCCGCCACAGUACAAGGAGUUCUUCGAAAAAGCCGGCUUCGUCGACGUUGUCGAGAAGAAGUACAAGUGGCCAAUAAACGAGUGGCCAAAGGACAAGCAUCACAAGGAGCUUGGAAAGUGGUCUUAUGCUAACAUGAACAAUGGACUUGAGGGUCUCUUGCUUGCGCUGUUCACAAGGUUCUUAGGAUGGACCGCUGACGAGGUCAUGAUCCUUUGCUCGGCUAUGAGAAAACAGAUCCGAGAUCGAAAUGUCCAUGCUUAUAUCCCUAUUUACGUUGUAUAUGGGAAGAAGCCAGAAACGGAGACCCCUUCGAAGGAGUGA